AUGAAAGAUGGCCUGCUUCCAGUUAUGAGCUCAACACAGGACUGGUUUCAGAAUGUGCGACGUGACAGGCCUCUCAAUCUUAUCUCUAAAGAAAUCCCCGCUGACAUUAAUCAAGAUGAUAACCCUACUCCAUAUGCUAUAAAUUUACAAAAUAUCAAAUAUCUUCCUCUCCCUCUACCUCAGGCUCCAUCAAGGCAUAUGGUCGAAAAGGCUUUUAUCAUUCUUGGAUUAACACGUCCACGGGGACCCAAGAGACCUAAAGGGAGGACAAGAUACGAGGCUUUACUUCCAAAUCAAAUCUGGCACGUUGACAUUCACUUUCUCAAUAAACGCAGAAGUGAAUUAUUGUAUGGAGUAAUAGAUGAUUGUACCAGAAUGGUUUUGGAGUGGCAGCAUCUCUCCUCCAAACAUGCAAAUCAGACCGUUAAGGUAAUUGAGCGGGCCAUAAAACGUUUUGGUCCCCCUCAUACCAUAUGGUCUGAUAAUGGAGGAGAGAAUAGAGGUGAAUUCCUACAAGCGAUGAGAUGCAAAGGAAUUCGAAAUGUCUAUAUUGUGCCACAUUGCCCUUACCAAAACGGUAAGAUUGAGCGAUUGUGGCCCAAUAUAGAAAAUUCAGAGUUGGGUCAAUUCCUAUAA